AUGAACACGUCGAUUCAUCAUGAUCAAGUGGGUUGUCGAACUGCAAAGGACAUCAACAAGCUACCCACUGCGCUAACCCGGAAGGAGCAGGCCGACUUCGAACAUUUCCCCGCGACUUCGACUUCGACUUCGAUCUCCAGCGAGAAGUCGACCCCUGCAUGCUGCAUACUCUGUAGCGCCUCCACUCUCUCUAUCGGCCACGCUGUCUCGACCCCAGACACCCCCGACUCCGUCGCCAUGGCCGUAUUCUCCCUCAUCAUCAUCAACAAGGCUGGCGGCCUGAUUUACCAGCGCGAGUUCCAGGCCGGCCUGCGCAAGCUCUCGACCAACGACUACCUCGUCCUCGCCGGUACUUUUCACGGUGUCCACGCCAUCACCCGUUCCAUCACGCCCAAACUUCCCCUCGCUCCGACUACGAACUCCCCCGCCGCCGCCUCUCCGGGCAGCAACACGCCUGUUGCAUCGGGCUACAGCUACCCCAUCCCCGGUGCCUCGGUAUCAGGUCUGGAAUAUCUCGAAACGGACAAGUUUCGAUUGACGUGCUUCCAGACAUUGACCGGUACCAAGUUCCUGCUCUUCACAGACCCAAUGACCGGCAACGUGGACACCAUCAUCAACAAGAUCUACGAGCUGUAUGCAGACUACGUGAUGAAGAAUCCCUUCUACCAACUGGAGAUGCCGGUGCGGUGUGAAGCAUUCGACCGGCAUCUGGGAGCGUGGCUGAGAGGGAGAACAUAA